AAGACACGUAGAAGUCAUUAGUAUGAACCGAAGCAAGAGCAAGAAUCUUGGUGAUUAUUUGACUCGGACGACGACGAUGGCUAUGUAUUGGAGAGAACGUUGUAAAGAGGGCAGCUCGGGGGUGGAGUGGAGAGGAAGAAGGGGGACAUCGGCGAGGGCCGAGUACGUUUAGUUCGGGGUUGCCCGCGUGGCCGCCGGAUUUCCCAGCUGUGCUUGCUCUCAUCGUCUCCGACGUCCUUCUCGGCCCCUUCGCCGUCGUUGUCUUUCGCUGCCCGGGGUGCUGAGGCAUGUUCUAUUGACCACGGUGGUCAUCCCGUUGAAGUGCAAACCUCUAAUAGUCUGGCUGAACGCGCCUACGCUACGCUCAAUCGUAAUACCUCUCUUUUCUUGUCGCUCUUUCGACGGAUAGUAUGUCUGAAGCAGAGGCCACCCUUUCGCCGUCGUGGCCCCCGCCGCGCUCCCCCCUUCCCCCUCACCGUCUCGCCAUGCUCGCCAAUGCACUCGGCAUAUCGACCCCCGUCCCCGGCUAUUCUCUCACCGACUUUCCUUCUCCAGAACCACGGCGCUCUCCAACUCCAUCAUCCAAUGCAUCCACCAGCCAUUUACGCCCUCAUUCCCCCAUGCCACCCUCCUCAUCCAAAUUUCUCCUCCAUGUCAUCCCUCCUACGCAUCUUCCCCACGACUCCGACGCCUCAGACUCUUCUUCCAUGACCCCUCCACCAUCGAACGCCUCAGGUUACCACACUCAAUUUAGACGUGGAACCCUUGUUCCCCUCUUUCCCAGCCUACAAUCUCAACUAUUCGCCAUUGCUAAGGAAUAUGCUCUCCCAAGUACCGCCGGUAUGAUCCUCUACCUCGUCUCCUCAGCUCCCAGUCGGGCAACCUCUCCUAGUCUUGUCGGCUCUCCUGUCGACCCAAACGAGGAGCCAGGUCCCAGGCUUUCCGAAGAGAUAUGGAAGCACCUCUGGGCACGGGUCGCCAAGUCCGAGCAGGAUUCCUUCUCCAGAACUCCGUCUCCAAAUCCCAUCGGCCUUGGAUUUUCCAAUGGUUCCCGUUUCUCUCCAGUGGCCAACUCCGAUCUAACUCCACAGUCGGACUCCACUCAACUUGCCCUACGACCGCUGGUCUCUCCUGGACGUGUCACUCCUCAGCCUUUUACAACCCCAAUGACACCAAACCCGUCUACACCCUCUUCGUCCUCUGAUCGUCACAACCCUUCUUCGUCGAACUCUCAAUCUGACUGCGAUACUCCCGAUUCAUCUUUCCCGCCCGGAUCCCAGGCAGACUCUCUCGAACUUCCAGGCUUACUUUCGUCUUCAAUCAUACCUAUCCUUGCGAAGGUCGAAUUCGAUAUCGACAAACGGAAGGCGACAUGGUACGAACCCUGGCUCCGGAGUCGAAAGGCCAAUCAUAAGAAGCGGUCAGCAGGGAGGUCGAGAGAUGAUGCUUCCACAAGAUCGAAGUCAGUAGACGGGAGUGAAGCCGGGAAGGAGUCCAAGGGUGCACCGCUCAACUUGAAACUUGUCGAUCGACAGGCUAUUCCUCGCUUUCUACUUUCGAAUGAGAAAGAGGAAGAGUUGGACCCCGAGGACGAAAAGAAGCUUUCUGAUUCACCUGUAGACACAGAGGAUGGACUGAGUCCCGACCGACCGCGGCUUUCGGUCACGAUCCCGACAUCACCACCUCAGCGGAACGAGCGGCGGUCAUCACCCACCACCGCUGGCACCAUCAAACGCCCUGUGCCUCCACCACUCACCUUGGCUGCCUCGCAACCCAGCGACAUCGUAUUCUCGGAGCUGACACCCAGCCCGCUACAGACGGCUAUGAGCACCGGAAGCACAAAGCUAGCUUACCUUCAGGAUGGUGCACCGUCGAGCUCGGACGACGACCUUGGAGGCGAGAGACCCAAAGUAUCUGUGGAGUUCAUGGAGAACGGAGAUUUGGAUGACUCAGAUCUUGUGGGUGGAAAGAGUCCAUUGGAUGAGAAGAGGGGCGGAGCAUUCUUUGCGGAAUUGGACUUGGGUUUGAACUUUGACGAUAGCGGAGAUUUCGAUGCAGACGAUCCUCAUGAUCGUAGACGAAGUCAGUAUGCCAUGAAAGCUCAGUUGGACGAAAUCGAGAAGGCCUUGGCCCAGUUCUCACCUCGCAAACUGAAGCACGAGCUCGAAGAGGAUCCUGCUGAUGGUUCGCCCGCUCGUCCGGGUUCCCUGGCGGCUGCGUCCAUCACUUUGACGCCCUCUUCCGGGCAUUCACAUUUCCUGAAUGCAUCGUCCAGCGGGAGCAACGGGGGCUCUGUACGGCCAGAUCCUAGUGCACCGAAGGACGAUCAACCUCCUGUGUGGCCUGCUGUCCCUUUCUCGAUGCUCAAGAACGAUAGCACGCCACCGUCACCAGAACUUGAGGACUUUCCUGCGCCACCUCAAUUAGCUCUAAACGGCGUCUCACAUGCCCUUCCAGUAUCUCCUUACGCGAAAGUCAACAGGUCGUCCGCCGUGUCAACUGCUUCGGACGAGUCGUUGGCUCGCAAACGAGAAUUCCAGGGAGAGGACGCGGAUUAUCCCGCUAUCAUUCCGCUCCCCCCGUCUCUUCGCCACCAAGAAAGCAGUAAUUCGCCAAUCAUCCCCCUAUCCGCAGAUCCCUUUGGAAGAUUCCCUUCGGAAGGCGAAACCGACUUCCGUACGUCAGAUGAGCGCAAAUCGGGCUCGCAUAUACAUUACUCAACCUUUGAGAUUCCUCCGGAGCGGAACGCCUCGUUGAAUCGCAAUGGUAGCAAGGGCGGCGAGAGCCAAAGCACGCCUCGCAAGCCUCCUUCCAGUCGAUUCUCGAUGGAUUCCGAAGACAAUCACGGGAAACCCGCUUCUCCAUCCCAAUCCCAGCUACGACCGCCGACGACCGCACCGUCGUCGUCCUUGAAUCCCGUCAAAAGUAUCAGGAAGCUCUGGCGCAAGAGUAACAAGUCAUCUGUCUCCUCAGGUCCUUCGUCCACGGCGCCGCCGCCGCCGGUUCCUGGUACACCCGCAACGCCACUCGCUAACGGUCGUUCAUCACCCAGCGUCGCACAAUCACCUCCAGGACAGGAAGUCGUGACCAAUGCGAUGAUACCCCCUCGUCGGUCUUUGGCCCCAUACCCCGAGCAAACUUACAUGACUACCGCACAAGCUAUCCAGAAAGCUAGGGCGGAGGCUUCUAUCAACACCAUCGCCUUUGAUCAGGAGUCUCCUUAUCCCGUUCGCCGUUCACCGGCACCUUCCUUCCAGUCAGCGAAUGCCGAGGGAGCACAGGCAACGAGGCCGGCGCAUCAAUCGCACGUCUCGACUUCGUCAUUUGCAUCCAUGUCACCCCCUUCUUCAGGUGGUCCGCUAGACGGGAGCGUUCGAAAAUCGAUAUUGAAGUCAUGGAAGAAAUCGCCUCCGAACAGUAUAUCGAAGGCGACCGGCGCUGUGCUCGCCAAUGGCUCUUCGUCAGAUGGUCGUUCGAGUACGGAGCCCAUGGUUCCGGCACGCAAGCGUCGACCGAGUGUCAUUGAGUUCAUGUCGGGCAGCAGGAGUUCCAUCGGCGCCAGCUCCGUUCUUUCUGAAAUUCCUCCCAGUCCCGUUUUACCAGAACAGUACAUGUCCUCCAAUGCUGCUGCCAACCGCCUUUCGAAACAUGCGCACUCACGGGUCCAAUCCGUCGUUGAUGCUCAUGGCCGGAGGAUGACUCCUGCAUCGUCGCUCGAAUCCUCGGCAUCGUCGUCGUUACUCGCAUCGCCGCCACCAAGGAACCAGCGGGGCCCUGGGCCAGGAAUCUCGAGGGCGUCGCAGGAGGAUGAGCCGUUUGAGAUGAUUGAUACGGAGAAGACGGCCCAUGGCAAAACACCGUCCUUGUCGUACCCAUACCAUGAAUUGGAUCACCAGGCGUGAUCUGUCUUUCUUUCUUUCCUGUAACUUGAUUACUUGUUUAUACCUUUUAAGUUCUUUCGUCUCUCGCUAUCCUCGCACUUUCGUUAGUCGCGUCCGUACCCGGAUGGAACUAUUUGUUCUUGUUCUACCUUGAUUCCCUUUUCGCUUUUAUUCUUUCUGCUUAUAUACCUUGUUCUCCUCGCUGCCUCGAAGCUCUUCGAGGACAUCUUCACACUCAUCACCUACUUUUACACAGCAGUAUUUGCAUUUUUUAUCGGUCACACACUCACACUCACUCUCACACACACACCAUCAGAUUUCGUACUCGCAGAUUCGGUGUCGCUAUCCAUCCAUCUGAGAAAUGUAAUUUAAUCAGUAUAAUUUGCUCACGCU